GGUAUCCUCCUCUCUGUGCCUAGUUCAGUGUUACAGUGGCUGAGGGGGGCUUAACUAAAACGUAUGUAAUUUAUGGACCAACUCAGCCAUUUACACACAGCCCCAGCUCCGGGGGGGAUCACUGAAUGCGACUGCACGGAAAGGCUGGAGGACAGAAGAGGGCGCAGUUCCCUUUUCGGAUAUGUAACUUUUAGUGCCGCUGGAUGGCACUAGAAAAGUCAGUUGGCAUAGUUAGCUCCAAGUCACAUGGGGGUAGGGUAGUGCAAUUCUAGCAGCUGUAGUUCAAACAAGUUGGCCUGUCAGGGAAAAAGCCAUCCCUAAACAGCGUACAUCACUUCCUUUUGCCCCGGGGGAAGGGUUUGUAAGAGCCACUCUUGGACUCAAAGGUAGCAGGAAUUGAGCUUUUACAGGUUAAGAGCAUGGGCAUCCAUGGAUUAAUGAGCUAUGUGGGAGAGCACAAGCAGUUCUUCACUGAUAUACAAUUAAGGAAUACAAAAAUAAUCAUUGAUGGAAAUAAUUUGUUUCAUCGGCUUUAUUUUGAAUCAAAUCUAGACCUCCAACAUGGAGGGGAUUAUGAUUCUUUUACAGAUAUUGUACACAAGUUUUUUGAAACUUUGUCUGUAUGCAAAAUAUACCCAUAUGUUGUGUUAGAUGGAGGGUGUGACUUGUUGGAUAAGAAGUUUGCGACAUUAAAAGAAAGAGCCUGGGAUAAGAUCCAAGUAGCAUAUUCCAUCUCUAGAGGUGGUGGUGGAAGCGUGCUACCCCUGCUCACCAGAGAAGUUUUCAAGCAAGCCUUGACCAAAUUAGAAGUGCCUUUUGUCCAGUGCUUCUCAGAAGCAGAUAGGGAUAUUACAUCAUUGGCUAAUCAUUGGAACUGUCCCGUAUUAACUUUAGACAGUGACUUCUGUAUUUUUGAUUUGAAAGCUGGGUAUUGCCCUCUGAAUUACUUUCAGUGGAGAAACCUUUGCACCUGUGAAGGCACACUGGACUGCUACAUUCCAGCUCGAUGCUUCUCUUUAGAGAGACUGUGCAGCCACUUCAGUCAUAUGAACAAAGCCCUUCUUCCUCUCUUUGCUGUAAUGAAUGGAAAUGAUUACAUUAAUCUGCCAGCUCUGGAGACAUUCUUCAGCAAGGUGCGCCUGCCAGUUGGAGGCUGUGGCUGGAGGGGGAGGAAGCAUGUCCGCAUUCAGGGACUUCUAAACUGGUUAUCUCGUUUUGCUGACCCCACUGAGGCUAUAGACAAUGUACUGAAAUAUCUUAAAAAGCAUGAGAGAGAAGAAAUAAGGGAGCUUCUGUGCACUUCCAUGGAGGAAUAUGAACAGUCUGAUGUGAAUCUUGAGGAUUUUUUUCAGAAUGGAAACUUUGACUCUCAGGUGACCAGGAAAUUAGCGUUACCACAAUGGAUGCUUGAGGCUUUGGCAAAAGGUCAUUUGUCUCCAUUCAUUAGUGAUGCCCUUCUAUUAAGGAGAACAAUCCUUCAUGUUCAGGUGGAGAACAUGCAGAGGCCCAGUGCUCACACAGUUGCCUUACCCAUUCGUCAAGUCAUCUAUGGGUUACUUCUGAAUGCCUCUCAAAAUUCUGAAGUUACUUCCCCAAGUGAGCAGUCCAACAAGCUGCCAGUUGUCCGUGAAUUUGAUAGAAGCCAAAAGACUCUUAAAAAAUCCUUUGUUCCGACAACAAUGCUGCCUCAGGAUUUUUGGGAAGACCAUCGCCCUUUGGCCACAUUAACUGAGGUGCCCAGAUCAGAUCGGCUAAAACUUCUGUUGGAGACAUUAGGAGUGAAAGCCAGCAUCCUACAGCCCAUCCCCAGUCCCUUGUGGCUCCCUGUUGCUGUAACCUGCUACUGGACACAUUACUCAGAACCCAGAGUGAAAUUGCAUUGUUUACAGGCAUUACUUCUAGGAAUGGUAUUUGGGGAAUUGCACAGGACAACAAGUAGCUCAGGAAACAUUGUUCGUGUGUGUAAAAUUCUAAUUCAAACCAGACUCAAUAGGGAAGCUUUGAAAGCGAAGCUAUUACUUCUCUUCCUAAUACUUUCAGAACUUCAUACUUUGAAAUGGGAAAUACAAAUAGAAAUUUGGCCACAGAAACUGUCAUUAUCAGUAAGAAUAAAUAACAAUACAGGAUUUUAUCUAAACAGGUAAAUCCAAGAGAUUAAGCAAGUUUAAUACUGGCAGCAGCUAGGCAUUGAGGUUCUACUUCAGAUUAUAAAUUCUAGGGCUGGAAUAGUCUGUGUACACAGUGCUUGGCACAAUGGGGUCCUGAUCUCUAAUUGGGCACUCUAGGCACUACUGAUUUUUAAAAAAAGAUUAAUAUAAAGUCAGAGCCUGAACUAUAUUUUAACAAGAAGCCAGAACAUUCCAGAUUAAUGUUAAAACUAAUUAACCUGGCCUGUUGUGACUGGGUAUUUCAUCACAGGUAUUAUGCACAAUGAUCAGCUAUAAUCUUUACACACAUCUAAACUCAGAACUGGUAGGUCUUUUUGUUUGCUUUUGCUGGUUUAUGAUUAAACCUAUUGGAAAUGUUACUUUAGCAUAGUAUUUGAAUAACGUUAGUAAACAAUUAGUACUUCAGGAUUAAAUCCUGUUUAAGGCAGGAUUUUUCCCCAAAACAUGAGGAAAGCUAUAUUAAUACUGCAAAAGUAGCAAGAUUUCAGUGUUUGAUAUCAAAGUUAAAGGGUUGUGGAGAGAGGUUUUUAGGUAACAUAAUAUGCCAGCCUUAGAUUUAGGAGGAAUUCCUGAUUGUGUGGGAGGAGGAAAAGGGUUAUGGAUUACAGAAGCUGGGCAGGCAGUUCUUAGAUGCUUCUCAUUAACCUGACACAUAGUGGGAUCUUUAAAGAUUUUCGAGUUGGCCCACAAUACGUAAGUAUGUACACUCUUAGACAACUGAGCCAGCAAAUAGAUUGAAUUCUUUUGUUUCAGUCUCUCAUGGCUUUUGGUACUUGAACAGUAACAAUAAGACACUUGAAAACAGAUUACUUCAGAUACUUCCUGAUACUCAGUGUUUAGAGGUUCACGAGCACCAUUAAUUGUACAUACCAAUCAUUCUUUGUAUAGGAGAAUGCAUAGGAGCCUCUAGAAAAAACCUUAUUUUCUUGUACAUUCAUA